AUGCUUCAUUUGUUCAUUUUUGUUUCUCUAAUCUUUCUGAAUCCGACUUCAGCGUGUUCAGAUGGUAAGACUUGUAUUUGUAAUUAAUUCCUCAAUUCAAACAAGCUUGUCUUAUAUUUUGUAGAAAUUAACCUGGCGAGCGUCGAGUCAGACUUCCUAAAGUUUGAAGACUAUCAACCUUACAAUUUUAUCCUUGCGUUUAAACAGCGGUAAAAGGUUUGUUUUCAUGCAAUGUUUUGCUCUAUCGAGCUUUUGAAGCACCUCGUUUAACUCUCAGCCGCUAAUUUCAAAUUUAUUUCGAUCAUUUGUCAAAACCGUUCUCAUGAUGAUACAUUCUUUGUAAUUCAGUUCAAAACUUCUUUAAUAUUUCUUCUUAAGUUUUAUCUUCACUUAGUUCUGAAGACAUUCGACUAACAUCUUUUGAUGUAAGUCACUAUUGCCAUUUCGUAGAUAAGAUUUGCGCUUUUAACAACAGAAGCUUUUAAUUGAACUAAAUGCACUUAAACUGAUUCUUCUCCAUUUUAUAAACCAUGAUGGUUGUGUGGCAAGUGUCCAAAAAUCGGAAAAGGGAAAGUUACUCCUAUCAAGAAAGCCAUAUAUGUGCAAUUGUCGCCAACAAAAUCCCCUAUCGUCGUCGCUAAUAAUCACAAGGAAGACAUUGGGUAGUCCAGGUGGCUAAAGUUUCCAUAGAUGAACGAACCGAAAUUUCUAUGACAACCGUUUAAAAGACGGGUUUGGAUUCACGUCAACUUUCUUUCUAUAUUUACUUGCUUAUUUGCUUAUUUCUCGCACAAGUCAAAUUUAAUGGCGGCCAUAGUUAAAAAUUUACAGAAAUUGGGAUUUCAACUGUAGACCUAGAUAAUAAUGUAUGCGGUAUUUUCAAUCCACUGCGUGACUUAUAUUACGAAUCGCCUUGGUCCCACCCACACUUUUCCUUAGUAAACCAAAAUUUUCAGUCUGAAUAAGUGCACUCCAAAAUGAAUGAAUCAAGUCCGGUCCGGUCGAUUUUGCUUGAGACACGAAUUCGCUCGUUUCUUGUGUGUUGUAAGAUAUUCAUGUACUAAUACUAAAACAACAAUCAAAUUGAUCGGAUCUCUUCAUUUUUCAGAGUUUUACGGAAAUAUCGGCAAUAUCACGCUGGUAUUUUGACAUUCGGAUCGACAAGAACGGUGAUCGGGUAGCGAUCGCCAUGUUUACUCCAUAAACGUGAUCGCUGACCAGCCGCUGAGUGAAAACAGUACGGUUCAGUGGUGAGGGCGGGGUGAGGGGUGGGUGCGGGCAGAUUAUCAGGAGAUUUUUGGGAACAUUCGAACAUAUGCAUUAAAGUAUCAUGAUAAACAUUAGGACUGUCAGUCUUAAUGAUGUCGCGAAGAUGAAGCAGUUGUGUUAUUUGAUUCGUACUUCACAUUCGAGUUGAAGCUUGGGUGACACAGGUUAUUUCUUACCGUGGAAUCGACGAGGGGAAUUCGAACAUUAGUCGUAGUGUUUGAAUUGUUGGAAGAAAUGGUCGCAUGGGGAUGGUAAGUUUAACGAACAGUUUCAAAUUUUGCAGCUUGAAUUGAAAGUAAAGUUCAUUUGAAUUGCUUUCGUAUGUAUUUCUGACGGUUUUAGAUCUACCUGCUUGAUUUAUAUCGGUUACGCUUCAUGUUGACAAGUCCCUCAAAAUGGCGGCCAAACUUGUAGAUUACCGAAAAUUAGGUAAGUUCACUGAGUUAUAAAGUUCUCGUAAAGGUCGGGCCGCAAAGUUUUUUUUCUGUAGUUACCUUUUCUAUGAUAACUACUUCCUAGCUAUGUUAGUUGGAUCAGUUAAGAACGCCUCACUUUUCCAAACAUUUACCUUGAAUUUGAUCGGUUUGGCGUCUGUGAUUUAGGCAAACCGAUAAGGUGUCAUUCAAGUCUUCCUGUUUCCUUGAUUGAAACGUGAUGUUUGCGAAAGUCGCCUCGAUAGAUAAGAUAAAGUUAAUAUACAUGGCUGUAGUAUUUGUUUUUUGCUGAGUUCCGUAGUUUUUUGUAAAUUGUCCUCCAAAGUUGUAUGAAUUAAAGUCUUGAAAAGUGUCACGACAAGCCUUCGCUCGAGUGAAAUUUAAUUUCCGUAAAACUCAGAAAAGUAAAGAGAUCCGAUCAAACUGAUUGUUGUUUUAGUAUAGGUACAUGAAUGGGUAAAAUUUACGCACAGCCCCAUACUAUUGUAAAACAGAUCUGUUUUCCUAAUGGCAAUGUAUUGUUUUGUCAUUGUUUUCUCUAUCCAAGAACUGAAUGCAUAAUGUAGUAUGGGGCUAUGCGGAAAUUUUACCCAUGAAUGUCUUACAACACACAAGAAACGAGCGAAAUCCGUGUCUCAAGCAAAAUCGACCGGACCGCUCUUACAGAGACACUCUCUCAAAUUUUUGUGCAAACGUGCAUUAUUUUGAAUACAUGUACUAUCCAACUGCUAAGAUCAUGGUGGCCUUCGUGAGUCAUAAUCAUGCGGUUAUUACUUCAAAUAAUAACAUAAUAAUCUGUCUCUAAUAAAUCAGAAACAACAAACGUGUAACUUAACAAUAUAUUAAUAAGAAAAUUAUAAGUUUAAUUAACAAUAGUAUAAAAAUUGUAACAUUGUAGCUUUAUGUAACAUUAUGAAGUUCCUUAUACGCAGUGAAUUUAAUCUGAAGAGACAUCUGUUAAGGAAAAAAUGCUUGAAACGUUCGGUUUUAACUCUGGGUAAUAUAAAGUCAUGCUUGCACUCACGGAGCACACAUCUCCUCUUUGGAAGUAUAUGAUCACCACUGAUUACGUUCUUAAAAAGCUCAGAGUCCCUAUUUUUAAUUAAGUCAAGUAUAGCUGUUUUCUUUGUAGUGAAGCCAAACCUGUGGGCCCUCUUGAGAAACCUGUCGAUUUUGUCUAAAAAUUUUCGCUGGUAAGCUGCACCCCAGGCUUCAACCUCACACAAGAAUACGGACAUGAUGAGGGAGUUAAAAAAAUUAUUGAGUUGAUCUUUGGAAUAUCCAUAGGAUUUGCAUACCCUAAGAAUGUACAUUCGACUGCUAGCUUUGGAUAGCAUAUUGUCGAUGUAGAUGUUCCAGUUCGUAGCAUCUUCCUAAAAUGUGACUCCUGAUAGUUUUAACCAUGAUUUCCUUUUUAUUCUUGUUAAUUCUGGAGGGGAUAACCAAGUAGUUUUGCCGUGCAUGCACAUUUCUUAUGUUUUGGUAAAAUUGAGAACAUCUCGUUGGUAUCCGUCACUUCUUCAUGUUCUCAACCUCAGCGGCGGCAGUAUCUGUGCUUUGUCUAACUGAAACACUUAUCGUAAUGUCGUCAGCAUACUUCACUAGGAGAUUGUUCAUUGGAGAAACGGCUGCAAUAUCAUUCACCAUAAGAAAAAAUAGAAUGGGUCAUUAUAUGGUGCCUUGAGGAACUCCCCUAUUGACGUCAAAGAACGCAGUUCAUUACAAUUUUAUUGAAUUAACCCUCUCAAAUGGCAAUUUCGUCUUGAAACAAAACUAAAAUGUGUAUCAUCCUUCAUUAACAGCCCAUAUCGAUUCAAGUUUGUUCCAAUUUGGACUGCCGAUAGAGAACGCAAAGUAAUAGUGUAAAACAUAACUCUUGUGAGUGGCAUACUCGAAAUAAGUGAGGUUUCCUCUAUAUACAGUACUAAUGAAAAGUAACCGAAGGCUGUUUUACAGGCAACUGCCGCAUAAUGGAAUUUCCCAGUCACCUUUCCAACGUUGGAAAACGCUUGAUUAAUCACGUGAUAAGAACCAUACCAGAUAUGGACCAAGACUCAUGUGAGUGGCAGUGUUACCUUGAUCACGACUGUGUCAGCAUAAACUUACAGUUUCAAGGAACAAACCGGGAAUGCGAGUUAAAUAAUUCAACUCAUAAAGAGCACGACGAGGACUUCAUAAGCGAUGACCGCUUCUUUUAUCGUGGAACAAACGUGAGUUCCUGGUCUCUUACCUUACCUGGUAUUCUUUUCAUCAAUUUCUAGCCUGUAAACUCUGCUCAAGGGGGCACAAAAUAUCUAUUUCAACAGCCUUUUGACACCAAAACGUAAUCAAGGAUACUUUUUUCAUCAGUUAUUUCCGUUUGUUAUUUUUUGUUUUUGUUUUCCAGAAUGCUUGCCGUAUGUCUCCCUGCAAGAACAACGCAAUUUGCCAAUCUGGUUUCACAGACAAAAGAUAUCGCUGCCUAUGUACCUCGGGAUUUACAGGCCAUGACUGUGGAGUUGGUAAAUCAUUUAAAACCUAGUUGUACUGUUACAACACGUUUCAUGGCCUGCCUCACAGGACACAAAAUCGCGUAGAAGAAGACAAACAUAGAAAAAAAGGAUGACGAAAUGGAAGACUCCACGCCGGCAUUGACAAUUUAUCGGUUUUUUGCCGAAAUUCGGCAAUAAAUUACAACGAGAAACAUGAGCUCGUGUGCUCUUGAUAAAAUUAAUUAAGGUUACAAAACUAAUUACGAAAUUAAGGCACAAAUGGAAAAAUGUGUACAAUUUAUGAUCGCUGCAACUAAGAAUGGAUUGAUUUUUUUGUUAUAGAUGUUGACGGGUGUAAUCACAUCAACAACGGCAGUGAGCAUGCUAAGUGUACCAAUACUGCUGGUUCUUACAACUAUACUUGUAAGGAAGGAUAUCUUGGAGACGGAUAAACUUGCGAGAAACCUAGUAAUAAGUGUUGCUUUGGUAGACUGGAAGAGAUUAAAAGAAGUAAGUCGUUCUAAAGUAGUGACGAGUAGGAAUUUAUUGUGGUGACACAGAGAGGAUCUUCCACAUCGAGAAGUCCUCAAAAGAGGGUUGCCCUAAGGGUUGUGUGCCUUGAAGUAGGAGGGAAUACUCUUCGGCAUCCUUGUUUGGGUUUCGCUGACACCCUGACUCAGACAAAAAAUGCCAUCAUCAACACUUGUUAUCAGACCUGGCCUCUAACUCUUUAUCAAUCUUUUUUUUUUCAGAAUUCUCCAUCAAUUCAUCGAUACUGUCACACAAUGAAGAUUACCUCAGCCUUCUCUCCUGGUUCCUUGUUCCAGCCGUUGGAAAUGUUUCUCAUUGGUUGCUGUGUUAUCGUGCUUCACGUGACGGAGCUGUCGAUGAAUAUUUUCACAACCGAUGUGAUCGACUCAAUGACACCAUCACUGUUAUUAGAGUAAAUAAUUAUGUAUUUGGCGGAUACGUUGACAUUCCUUGGGGUAAUUACUUUCCUUCUGUCCUUUUUGGUUCAGUAAGAACGACUAAUGAGUACACUGCAACUAAUACAUUUAACAAAGUCUCACUUGGCCACACUUGUUUCAGUCAUUUCUUAAAGCGUUUUUCGCCGGGAGGGCUGGCUCUUAUCUGAAAUGGCGGGGUUUCUGUAAUAGGGAGUUGUCCGCGGGGCGAGAGUCAACUGUAACUUGAAAGUCAAUAGGAUAUUUCAAUUACGUUCAGACAAUCCAUCUUUCAGAGUCCAGCAAUGAAUAUAAAUAUGGCAAGACAACCAACGCAUUCAUAUACUCCUUGAGCAACAGCGAAGGAAGUGAAGCGUUCAAGAGCAUGGUCAAAAACUCAGAGAGGGCCAUCCAUUAUCAUAUUUACCAAGGGCCUUCAUUUGGAACUGCUGACGUCCGAGUAGAUUUUAAAAGCACCGUUAACCAAUCAGUUGCACAUUUUGGCAAUGAUUACCAUCUUCCAAGUAAUGUCAUUAUUAACAACACGCAAACCAUCCUUGCAGGUGUUACAAAUUUUGAGCCUGACGAGGUCGAGGUGUUUUAUCUGAAUAGAACUGCGCCUUAA